UUUCAAUUCAAAUAUCCAACUGACGCAUUUAUCGUCGGUCCAGCGGAGCUGCAUCAUAAUGUAACCGAGCAGGGGAACUGACAUCGAAAGGCAUUGGUUUUACUUUGCUUUAAAACGAGUCAUGUGUAACCAAGCUUUCGUGGCAGAAAGCAGAGUGGUCUCGUGGCUAGGUUAUCUAGAGGAAGUUCCAGUUUCCCUCAGAAUUAACGAUUAUCUUACUUACACCUAUCAGACGCCAUGGCAAUGAAAAGCCUAGUUGUUGAGGAUAUGAAAGUAACAGCUUUAAAAGAGUCAGCUUUUGUGAAACCUCUCAGCUUGGAAUUUAGACAGAAUGGAAAGCGACGAAAAUGGGAUAUGAUCAAGGUGCAUGACAGUGUCACUAUUAUUAUUUUUAACAUCACUCGCCAGAAGCUAAUUUGCGUAAAACAAUUUCGGCCAGCUGUAUAUUUUUCAUCCAUUCCUGAAGACGACAGGAAAAGUGGGAUCAUUGAUACCACUAAAUAUCCACCAUCAAUAGGUAUUACCCUUGAAUUCUGCGCUGGAAUUGUUGAUAAAAAUAAGUCCCUUGCUGAAACAGCACGGGAGGAAGUUCUUGAAGAAUGUGGUUAUGAUGUUCCUGUGGAAAGGUUUGAGAAGUUUAAAACAGCUCGAGCUGGCGUUUCAACAGAAGGAACACGUAGUAAUUUCUUUUAUGUGGAAGUAACGGAUGACAUGAAAGUUAAUCAGGGUGGAGGAUUAGUUGAUGAAGGUGAAGUUAUAGAAGUUGUGGAGCUAAGUAUUUCUGACGCACAACAAUAUGUGGAAGCUGUAGAUAAUAUAAGCCCUGCUGGCUUUUCAUUUGGACUUGUGUGGUUUCUUAUGAAGAAGGGUACUAAAACACCCUAACUGGAAGGUCCUGAUCCUAAUAUGAGGACGAAGAUAAUGGUGAACAAUUAGGCAUUUACACAUUGGGAACUUAGUUUGUGACACAGAACAGAGAAGUAAAAAUAAAAUGGUAUAAAAUUUCA